CGCCAUUCUGUAAUAGAAGAGGAAGAAGCUCAACUCAGAGUUGAGGCUCGCGCAGGCUAUACUCUAUAAUACCAUUUUGUAUCUCAUGUUAUUUAACAGUCUGCAAUCAAGUUUGUUUAGGUAAACACCGCUAGCUAGCUAGUAAACACUGUCGGAGAUGAGACCGUUUUUUCUGUUGGGGUUUCUGUUGUCGAACAUCACUGCGACGGCGGCGAUUGAGCCUAUCAGUACCAGCAUAGCGGUUGGUAUGGCUGCAGCUCUCACCGGCUUCCUCGCAACCUACCAGAACGUGUUUUACUAUUUUCACGAAUGUUGUAGACCAGAGUGGAUCUCCUUCAACAGAACAGGUUUGGAAGUGGCCCUAGAUCGGAAGCUGUUUGGUCAACAUGUGGCCUCCAGAGUCAUCCAGAAAGCUGUAACGGGAUUCAUGAACAAUAAAAAUCCUAAAAAGCCCCUGGUGCUCUCUCUACAUGGCUGGACUGGCACAGGGAAGAACUUCGUCAGCCAGUUGAUAGCUGAAAACCUCUACAAGGAGGGCAUGGCCAGCAGUUUCAUCCAUCAGUUUGUUUCUACAGCUCACUUCCCUCAUCUGAGUCAGAUUGAGAACUACAAGUCUCAGCUGCAGCAGUGGGUCAAAGGCAACGUCACCAUCUGCCCACGUUCCAUGUUCAUCUUUGACGAGAUGGACAAGAUGCACCCUGGCCUGAUCGACUGUAUAAAGCCCUACUUGGAUUACUACGAACAUCUGGACGGGGUCUCCUACCGGCAAGCCAUCUUCAUCUUCCUCAGCAACGCUGGAGGAGAGCACAUCACGCAGGUGGCCCUGGACUUCUGGAAAGAAGGUCGAGACCGAGAGGAGAUACAAUUGCAUGACUUAGAACCAGCGCUCUCCCUGUCCGUGUUCAACAACAAGAAGAGUGGGUUGUGGCACACCAGUCUGAUAGACAAGAACCUAGUUGACUUCUUUGUCCCCUUCCUGCCUCUGGAGUACAGACACGUGCUGCUGUGUGGCAUGGCAGAGAUGUCUGCCAAGGGCCUGAAGCCUGACCAGGACGUGGUUGACCAGAUGGCCAGAGACUUGGUCUAUUUCCCCAAGAGUGAGAAGAUCUUCUCCGGCAAGGGCUGCAAGACCAUCGGUGGCAAGCUAGAUUACUACACAUAGUGCGUGUUUGAGAUCGACUACGUUGCUGCCGGCGGCUGCGGACUGACCGAUCGAAUCAUAAUGAGUAGUAAUUUAGGAUGAAAGGUGGUUUGUAGGUCUGAUCAGUUGGUCUGCAGCUGUUGACCACAAUGUAGACGAUCUCAGAGGGAACAGCUACUUCGUCUAUCUACCAUCUACUCUACUGUGUGCACUUUCUUAAUGAGAACAUCUCCGCCAGUCGGAGUGAGGAAGUCAGUGACUGAACUCAGGAUGAUGACCUGCCCAUCAGGUCUCCCAACGUCAACACAACCAUGUGGAGGACAUUAAUGUUCUCUUUCUGAUGUCAUUUCUCCCUGAAGAUGGACUAUUGAGAGAGAGGAGGGCACAUUUUAAAAGGAGAGAGAAAAAUACACAGGGGAAACGCAAUUUUUAACCAAUCAAGGUGCUUGAUCCUGACAUAUUCUGUGAAUGAAUAUUUCCAAAUAAUGAUUUCCUUUUUCAUGGAAUUCUGCUGCACAUGAACUAUGACAAGUGAAAAUGAGUUGUGUAUUAGAAACAAAUGUGGUUUUAAAGUUACAAUCUCUAAAUCCAUUUUGUCAGCCAAAUGGCAGCCCUGACACAUGGUUUGCUUUCAAUCUGAGGGGUGCUGGGGCUGGAUAAAUGUCACCCCUCUCCAAACAACAGAUGGAUUCAAGGACUCGCAGUCUGAGAUCAACGUGAUGAUUAUAUUUUUCAAGAAACAAUGGGUACAUAUUGUUACUCAAAAUAAUAAUUGGACGGCUGUAACUAUUUCCGCUUGCCCCUUUAAUUGUCAUUGAAAAUGUAGCAACUGAAAUAUUGUGUAUUUGUGGUUCACUGGAUACCCAUUAAUUGUUUAUUUUAUUUCUGUUGUUAGUACCCAGUUUACCAAUACCUAAACAUAGAAAAAUCUGCCUUAAAACUUGCAGAAAUUUUGCCUACUCAUUCACCAGAAGCAUUGUGUACAUUUCAAAAUCUGCUGUAAGUUUAUCUUUGUGGGUAUACAAGUAUUUCGUUCAGUUCACCAAUUUUAUGACACAUUUUUCAAGGUUGAUCCAGAUUUGUCUUAAAUCAUUUAAUUGAGUAGUCCAACAUUCCAUCUUGAUUAAAUGUCUGCAAUGAAGUAAAUCCAAUUGUAAUUUGUUUUAAUUUAACUUAUACAUAAAAUAUACAAUUGUUUAAUUGUGGUUAAUUGUAUACCAUGCCUUAGUUGGCAUACUGUUCCCUGUCUAAACAAUGCACAAAAUAAUUACAGGAAAGAAUGUUCACAAUUUUUCAUUAAAAUGUUUUUACAUGGGGAAAAAAA